AGAUGCAGCAUAUGUGCACCUCUAUGCUCUAUACAUAGCACCACUCCUGGAAAGUCCACGCGCUUCUACCAUACAGCCCUCACUCCUCUCCUUGCCGGCUUUCAGAUUCAGAUCUCAGAAGCUAGCGAUCGAGCAUAUCGAUCCCGCGCCAUCGAUCUGAAGCUCUCCCCGGCCGCGUGCACCAAGCAUCAGCCUGUAAGUAGAUAUGAACUGGUUACCACCGACAUGGAUGUGCGAUCUGAGAGGCCGCAGCUUCUGCUGCCGGCAGCGCUGAUAAGCUAGCUGGGAUCCCGUACAUGGUGGGUAGGGAGGAACUAAGGGUAGCAAUAUGUGUAGUCAGGUCAGGUCUAUCAGUCUGGAAGAGGUAAAAAGUGAAACUUGCGGUUUAAAAUCCAGUACAAUCUGCUGACAACAUCGAAAACCUGCACCGGUAUUUGCUCAUUCAGGAGAUAUAAGAGCUACUUCUACCACUUCACCCCUAUAUUCCCAGAAUAGAAGACUGAUUCUUGUUCUUCUAUAAUCUUGUGCUUACUGAUUAUUUGAAUUCCUUUCUGAAUUGACUGAUUAUUUGAGUUCCUUUUCAGCUACUUCCAUUCUAGCAGCUGCAAAUGGAUCGCGAGCCUGAUAUGAAGUGUGUCAUGGAGCAUAUGUUGUUUGAUGCAAGUGCACAACCGCCCGAUUUGUUUUUAUCCCUUCUGAAAUACAUCACGAAUGAUUUCUCCGAUGAUCAGCAAACUGGCAGGGGCCAGGUUUCCACUGUUUAUAAGAGAUUACUUGGAAACACGACUAUCGCCACAAAGGAGUUGAAUGAAACACUCGGUAUUCUUGAGAACAAAUUCAACGAAGAGGUUGGCUGUUUAAUAAAGACGAAGCAUAGAAAUAAUUUGCAAUUCCUGGAAUAUUGUUGUGAGACACGAGGGAUAAUUGUAGACCACGAGGGGAAGUUUGAUAAGUAUACCACCGGAGUAUCUCGUAUACUUGAUCGGAGAAACUGUUAUGAAAUAAUCGAGGGAAUUUGUGAAGGUUUAGAUUGUCUGCAUGUGAAGCGGUGUAUUCUCCACUUAGACCUUAAACCCGCAAAUAUACUCUUGGAUGAUACUAUGGCACCGAAAAUUGCGGAUUUUGGUAUCCCAAGAUGGUCCAUGCAGCGGAUAUAUGGCACCCGAAUUUUUUGGAUGAAAAAUAACAUUCAAGUCAGACAUAUACAGUUUGGGUGUUAUAAUCAUAGAGAUACUAACAGAAGGUUGGUUGUCUAGUAAAGGCAAAGCACAAGAAUAUAGUACGGUUUCUUGGAUAUUGUGCUCACACACAAGCUGCUUUGAGUAUCUACCCAACGGAAGUCUUGAAAAAUAUAUCAGCGAUAUAUCUACAUGUGAAUCAAGAUACUAUUCACUUAACCUUAAAAUCGCAAUCAUAUUGUUGGAUGAUAAUAUGGUACCAAAAAUAACUGAUUUUGGUCUCUCAAGAUGCUUUGAUUUUGGUCUCUCAAGCUGCGUUGAUGAAAUGUAAAGCCAGACUUGUACUUCAAAUCCGAAAGAAUCGUUGUCAACUAUGUAUGAAUUAGAUAAAUCGGAAUCUUCUUUCCUCUUUUGAGUUGGUAGAAAUUGUAAGAUCUAUUAACAAAUUUGUAAAGUUGACAAGGAUUUCUCAACUUAUAGAGACAUAGAUAUGGCCCUUUCCUUAUUUUAGUGCAAAAGCUUUAUCAUGUUGCUUUGUGUUUC